AUGGCAGACAACGGAGAACAAAAAUGUGUCAUACAAUCCAUCUUAGACACAGAUCUAUACAAAAUCACCAUGCAGGCAGCAGUUUUAAAGCAUUUCCCCAAUGUGAAGGUAAUUUAUAAAUAUACAAACCGUUCCCCACAAUUCACUUUUAAUAAAGCAUCAAUAGAUUGGUUAAAUAUCCAAUUUAAACUCCUUGAAACUAUUCAAGUUACUCCGGAUGAAAUUAAAUAUCUUAAAGAUAAAGUCCCUUAUUUACCCGAUUCAUUCAUGAAAUAUAUUGGCCAAAAGGAUUUCAGAUUGCGUCCAUCAGAACAAUUAGAUUUUCAAUAUGAAUUAGUCCCAGGUACAAAGGACGAAUAUACUUUGAAAUUGUUCGUUGAGGGAUAUUGGAAAGAUACGAUCAUGUAUGAAAUCCCCCUGCUUGCGUUAAUCUCUGAAGCUUAUUUCAGAUUCAUAGAUAAAGACUGGGAUUAUGAAGGACAAGAACAAAUGGCUUUUGAAAAGGCCAAUACUUUGUUUGAACAUAAUUGUUCAUUCACUGAAUUCGGUUCAAGGCGUAGAAGAUCCUUGCAUGGUCAAGAUUUAGUCAUGCAAGGGAUCGUUAGAGCCUCCAAAUUAAGUCCUAAUAAUGAGAAAUUGUUGCUGGGUACAUCGAACGUCUAUUUUGCUAAGAAGUAUGACAUUUUACCUGUGGGGACAGUAGCUCAUGAAUGGUUUAUGGGAAUUGCCGCGUUGACUGGAGAUUAUAUUAACGCCAACAAAGAUGCAAUGGAUUAUUGGAUUGAAACAUUUGGUAAAGAACAUGCUGGGUUAGCUUUGACAGACACGUUUGGGACAGAUGAUUAUUUGAAGAAUUUCAAACCUCCAUAUACGGAUUAUUAUUUUGGUGUAAGACAAGAUUCCGGGGAUCCAAUUGAAUUUACUGAAAAAAUUGCACAUUUUUAUAAUGAUGAACUUAAGUUACCUAAAUUUUCAAAGACUAUUUGUUAUUCUGAUUCAUUAAAUGUUGAAAAAGUUAUAAAAUACGAUGAAGUGGCACGUAAAUAUGGAUUCAAGGCCACAUUUGGUAUCGGAACUAGUUUCACCAAUGAUUAUCGUAAGAAAUCAGAUCCAGCUGUGAAAAGCGAACCACUAAAUAUUGUCAUAAAAUUGUUAACAGUUGAUGGGAAACAUGCUAUCAAGUUAUCAGAUAAUUUAGGUAAAAAUAUGGGUGAUCCUGAAACGGUGCAAAGGGUAAAGAAGGAGUUAGGAUAUAUAGAAAGAGAGUGGGAAGGAAUUAGUGAAGCACACAGGUGGUCAUAA